AUGGCUCAGUAUCGCUAUGACCUGCAGCAAAGAUCCGCGCAGAUUCAGCUGUUCAAAGAUAAUUUGGCCAGGCAGUUUCAGCUGCUGGCCAAUGAGUUGGAGGACCUCCUCGCGCGAUCCACAGAGACGGAGGUUGGCCUUGCAGAGCGGAGCCUCGAUGCAGAAAGGCGGGAUCUGUCCAGGUUCCUGAAGAACAUUGGACCGAAGCUGGCCGACGAGCCACCCCCGCCCUUCCUGGAGCACUUCCGUCAGUUUCUCUCCCUUUGGCUUCAGAUGCUUGCAGAAUGUGCAGCUGACCCCGUGGCUCAACCAUACAGCGUGAUCGGCGAGGUUGAGUUCAACUCCUUCGACAGAUCCUCCGAGCUCGCCGUGCGCCUGAGUGAGCAGCUGAAGGCGAAGGAGAUUCGUUUCAUCAGUGAUCACACCGAAGAUUGCCAGAAGGGAGUGCUGUCCAUGAAGAUGGCAUGGAAGAAGAUGAGACACCUGCAACAAAAAGCCUUGAAGUGGACUGGCUUGAAGCGAUUUGCGAAGACCCAGCCGGAUGAGGAAGAAGGUGAUCUGCACAAAGCGGAGGCCAUCUGCGAACUGCCAGCACGCCGUAUCCCUUCGUCAGUGGAGCUAUACUGGUUCAAGUUCCAGCUUGGAGCUGGAUGUGGCUUCGACAUGAACGAAGACAGCUACCCCUUGCGCAUACGUUGUCUGGCUUUUGUUUGCGUCAUCCUCUCGCCGGAGCAUCUCGCGUUCAUGCUCAGCUUUCUUCUCGGCCUUGGGCUGCUACUAGUGAAUGCCUUCCUUCUCAGCAGCCCUUCACAAGUCGUCACGAUGUCGAUAGCCGUGACAAACUGUUGCACUGCCUUUGUUCUGUACGAUUUUCUGGACAUCGACACCCUGCAGCGCCUGGAACAGCAGGCCGUGGAAAUGAAGGCCGCCGCCCAACAAGCCGAGGAGCGACGCAAGAUCUUGCAGGCCUUCUUUGCGAGAAUGCAGCUGCUAGUGUCUCUUUGGCAAAUGAGAACUUUGCCGCGACUGGCUUUGAUGAAGAGGCUAGGUGUGGCUUUGGAGGACGCAGCACAAGAAGGCGGAAUCUCACCUUUGCUGGUAGAUGCCGUCGCUAGUCUCGACGCGCUUGAAAGCGCUUUACUGCCGUUGCACUUCUGGCAAGACGAGGGCAAGCUGAGCAUCGAGGACAAGGAAGAAGUACAGCGCUUGAUGCAGUCAGCCGUUGCGGAGAGCAGCAUUAAGGAAAUGCUGGAUAAGUUGCCCGACGUGGUCACAGGCCACAAUACGCCUUAUGUUGGUUUGGCGACGGGGCUCAUCAUCAUCCUGGCUCUCAGCACUUCGGACUUCAUUUCAAUCGUGGACUUGUUGAAUGGCAUCUACUGUCAAGCGCAGCUCCUGGAGUUCUUGGCCUUCCUGCACUUGCGACGGGUCUCCCCGAACCUUCGGAGACCUUUCCGCGUGCCGUUGGAGUCCAUGAUCGGCUGCAUCGCGCUCCUGUUCUUGCCCAUAGUGUUUUGCCUUCUGCUUCUUGUCUUGCCGCUGGCAAAAGGCAAUUGGAAACAGGUUUUCUGCCUUGUCGCCGUCCCAGUCGCGGGCCUCAUCCUCCACGCCUUGCUUUCCCUGAGCCGUCGGAGAGGUUGGUUGAGCUUCACUCGUGAACCUCCACGCACCGUGGACGAACUUCUAGCAAUGCAGACCCCCAUGUCCACCUGCGCCCGGGCACAUCAUGAGGCCGGUGCUGCAAGUUCGACUGCGAGGGAAGAACAAAGGGAUGAAAAGAUGAGAGAAUCGGAGAGGGGAGGGUAA